GAGAGAGAGAGAGAGGGGGAAAGAGAGAGAGAGGGCGGCGGAGCUGAAGGAAACGAAAAAACCUGCGACAAUACUUUUACUUUUCGGGCUGAACGAGCGGCGCAGGACGGGCGGUUUUUCCUCCACUCUGCGGGACUCGGUCGGUCGUGUGAGCGGGAGUUGGAGCCCAGAUGGCCGGAAUAUUUGGCUGGGGACAGCCUGCCAUGGGGCAAGGCAACCCAUGCAUAGAGAUAAUCGAGCAGCCCAAGGCCAGAGGGAUGCGUUUCCGAUAUAAAUGUGAGGGGAGGUCAGCGGGCAGUAUUCCAGGAGAGAAAAGCAGUGACUCCACCAAAACACACCCAGCCAUCAAGGUACAUAACUACAGUGGCCCUUUAAGAGUAAGGAUCUCCCUGGUUACCAAAAGCCAGCCCUACAAGCCCCACCCUCAUGAGCUGGUGGGUAAAGACUGUAAGCAUGGAUACUACGAGGCCGACCUUCCGGAGAGACGGGUUCACAGUUUCCAGAACCUGGGUAUUCAGUGCGUGAAGAAGAAGGAUGUGGCUGAAGCUAUUUCCUGCCGCAUGCAGACGCAGAACAACCCUUUUAAUAUUCCGGAGGCUAAAGUAUGGGAGGAAGAGUACGACCUGAAUGCUGUGCGCCUCUGUUUCCAGGCAACCAUCACUCUGCCCAAUGGAGAUCUGUUCCCUCUGGAGCCUGUCGUUUCUCAGCCCAUCUACGACAACAGAGCUCCAAACACUGCAGAGCUGAAGAUCUGCCGGGUGAACAGGAACUCUGGCAGCUGCAAGGGAGGAGAUGAGAUCUUUCUACUGUGCGACAAAGUGCAAAAAGAGGACAUUGAGGUGCGUUUUUUCCGGGACUCAUGGGAGAGUAAAGGCUCGUUCUCUCAGGCUGACGUCCACAGGCAGGUGGCCAUUGUGUUCCGCACGCCGCCCUACUGUGACACCAACCUGACAGAGCCUGUCCGGGUGAAGAUGCAGCUCCGCAGGCCCUCGGACCGUGAGGUCAGUGAGCCGAUGGACUUCCAGUACCUGCCCUCCGACCCAGAUGAGUACAGGCUGGUGGAGAAAAGGAAGCGGACAGAAGGAAUGCUGCAGAAUCUCAAACUUGGCAACAUCCCACCAGCUACCAUGUCAGAGAGAAGGCCAUUCAGUACUGCAAGACGGACAUUUACAGCCUCUAAACCUUCAGCUGCUGCAAGUGUUUCUCCAGUGGUGAAUCCAUUGGCUGCGUCGUCUGUUCCUGCAGUGAAGCCUUUUUUCAGCGCUGUUCCGGGUCAUCUUUUCGCUCAACCUAAAGUGGAGCAAACAUCAGCACCCUCUACUGGAGAUACAUGGAAGUUUCUCAACAGUCUCACUGUGCCUUCCACUACUCCGGCCGCCCCCCCAACAGUUUCCCAAGAUUUCCACACUGUAAAUCUCUCCGACCUCCAUGACUUCUCCUUCAGCAGUUUCCCUCAGUCUACUCUGGAACAAGCUGACAAUACUGCCAGGAGAGAUGGACUUGGAAGUAAUGUAGCUGGAGUUUCGGUGGCCCAAGAAAUCCAGAACAACUUCAGUACCCAGAGCGCUGCGCCAUUCAGGGAGGAACCACAGCCAGAAGACGGUGAUCUCCCAGAUUUCCCAAGCUUUUCUGAAGCUCAGACAUCAGAUGUGGACAACAUCAACAUUGAAGAUUUCCAAGCACUGCUGGGCCAGAGUGGCCUGUCUGGAGAAGGAGCAUCCGGCAUUGGGAAUUCUGCUUCUGCCAGUUCAACGGCCACUCCAGCAGGAGACACUAUGGCAAGCAAUGGCUCGAAUCAGGUGGGGAACAACAUGGGAAGCAAUGCAACUACGUGGAUGAAUUUUCCACCAAGCAUCGUCAACCUGCUGCAGAACGAGCAGAUGGCAAACGCCCAGCCUGUUUCCGCUGCCUCUGUAGGCUUCGAUGACAUUGACGUGAUAACCUCCAUGGACGAAGAUCGCCUCCUGUCCAUCUUUAACAGUGGCAGCCAGGUCAGCUUUCUGUCUGGACAUCCAACUUAGGUACUAUAGAAGUGUGACCUGUUUGUUCUGUACGGUCACAUCUGACUGUUCAAUCGACACCAUCCUCAUA